CGACAAACCGCCCCCACCAUGAACGAAGCCAAUUGCAGUGGGACGCCGUGGCUUGCCUGUGGAAGAGAAAAGGAGGGGGAGUGUGCACGGACCGUCUGUUAGUGGUCCUCCGGGUCUUGGCCUUGGGCCUGGCAGCUUCGCCAGAUGGAUUUCUUUGGGCGAAUUUCACGACACGCUCGAGCGCGACAAGUCUUAAAAACACCAGCUUACCGCAACCGCACCUCCCACCGCAAUCGCAUCCAUCCACACAGCAGCUCCACGCCAACAACCCGUUCACACUACACAAUGACUGGAAGAGGAGGAGGUGGUGGUCGUCGGGUUCUGCUCCCACCAAUCAACUUUCUUUUCAAACUCCUGCAGCAGAGAACACCAGUCCAAAUCUGGCUCUACGAGCAGCUCUCGAUCCGCAUCAUUGGCAUUAUCCGUGGCUUCGACGAAUUCAUGAACCUGGUUAUCGACGAUGCCGUGGAGGUCAAACAAAUCUCCAAGACGAACGACACAGAAACGAGAAGAAAUUUGGGGCAAAUUCUCCUCAAGGGCGACAAUGUGUCCCUUAUCCAGAGCUAUUCAGGGUGA